AUGAUUGCCCCUUCAGAGCCCGUCCCAUCCUCCAACUCUGCCGCAGCCCUAACCCAAUUCUUUCCCAAUGCCAACUUUAAGGAGGCUUUUGAUGAAAAGGUUGUCUUGAUUGUGGCCUCCCUCUUUGACCGUGUAUUCAAGACCUACAAGCGCAUUGAUCAUGUAGUAGUCACAGCGGGUAGCAUGGAAGCGGGCAACAAUUGGUUUGACCAAAAGUUGAAUUUGGAGUCGGUGCAACAGCCUCCUUCCACGAAGGAUAUUGACGUCAACCUCAUCGGUUCCCUCUAUGUCACCCGCAUUGCUAGCGUCUACCUCCGCCAUAACCGAGGACCAGGAGUUGAUCGAUCCAUUCUGUUGUUCUCCUGUGCCGCUGGCUUCAAAGAGACACCUGGUGUAUCCAUCUACCAAGCCUCCAAGCACGGUGUGCAAGGCCUCAUGCGCUCUCUCCGCCCUUAUUUCCCAUCACCAUACAAACAUAAUCUCCGCAUCAAUACCAUCUGCCCCUGGAUGACGGAGACCCGCACUACCCUUACAAAGACAGUGCAGGACCGCUGGACGAAGGAAGGCUUGCCCGUGAGCACGCCUCAGGAGGUAGCUCUCGUCUCUGCUGGUGUGUUAGCUAACGACUCUCUGAAUGGCACAUCCAUGUACGUGGAAGGUGGUCGUGCGUGGGAGAUCGAAGCCAACAUCGAUCGCUUAGAGCCGGAAUGGCUGGGAGAGGAACCGUCCAAAACGCUGGCGUUGGGGCAGAAGGUACUGAAUGACGCAUGGGCUGCGUAG